AUGUCUUCGUCACCUCAUUCUGCAUGGCAACCAACAUUGAAUUGUUCUUUACAACAGUGUUAUGUAAGCUCGAAUGCAAACGACAGCUGUCGUUUAUCAUCAACACCUUGCUUCAAUUACCGUACAUCUAAUAAUAUUACUUACUGUGCACCUGCUAGUAUAUGUUCGAUUUUGGAAUCUUGUGAUAAUAUUACUUAUCGUUGUGCAUCAAAUACUUCUAUAUGCGUUGUGAACUCGUGUUGUGCACAACAAGUAGUAUGUUUACCAUUGUCAAUGGUGAAUUUUUGUGAAUCAGCCACAUCUUGUCCACUAACAUUUAUAUCACAAUCUUUUCCUGUUGGUUUUCUACCAACCUCCGUUGCUGUUGGCGAUUUUAAUUGUGAUGGUAAACUAGAUGGCAUCGUCGCGAACUCCGGUAGCAAUACCGUGACUGUUCUAUUUGGAAGCAUGAACGACAUUAUUGGACAAACAAGUUUUCCAACAGGUGUAAAUCCACAAGCAGUUGCUGUUGCUGAUUUUAACCGUGAUGGUAACCUGGAUAUUGUCGUGGCGAAUUCUGAUGAUAAUACUCUGACUGUAAUACUAGGGAAUGGUAUAAAUGACACUCUUGGACAAGGUAUCUUUUCAACUGGUACAAGUCCACAAUCAGUUGCUGUCGCUGAUUUCAACCUUGAUGACAAACUAGAUAUUAUCGUUGCGAACUCUGGUAAUCAUACUGUGACUGUUAUCCUGGGGGAUGGAGUGAAUGACACUAUUGGACAAAGAAGCUUUUCGACCGGUAAAAAUCCACGAUCAGUUGCUGUUGUUGAUUUUAAUCUUGAUGGUAAGCCAGAUGUUGUCAUUGCGAAUUAUGUUGAUAAUACCGUGACUGUGUUACUUGGAAACGGAGCAAACGACACUAUUGGACAGGCAACAUUUCCAACUGGCGGAAACCCACGAUCAGUUGCUGUUGGUGAUUUUAACCUUGAUGGUAAGCCAGAUAUUGUCGUCGCAAACUUUGGUACUAAUACUGUGGUUAUACUACUUGGAAAUGGUGUAAAUGACACCAUUGGACAAAAAAGCUUUUCAACAGGCAUAAAUCCACAAUCAGUUGUUGUCAGCGAUUUCAACCUUGAUGGUAAGCCAGAUGUCAUCGUUGCAAAUUUCGGCGAUAAUACCUUGACCAUACUACUUGGGAAUGGCCAAGGAAGUUUUACUGCGUACGAGACUCUCCCAGCUACCGGUAAUCCAAGCUCCAUUGUUACAAGCGACUUUAACGGUGAUGGUAAACCAGAUCUUGUGGUAACUAACUAUUAUAAUAGCACAAUUGAAGAUUUACAAAAUACAAAUCGUCGUAAUUCAGAACAAAUAAAUAAUUAUCGUAUUGAUCUUGUUUCAUAUCGUGAACGUAUUGAAGAAUCAACAAAAAUUCGUGAUAUAUGUAAUGAAAAAAUGUUACAAUUAGAACAACGUUGUCGUGAUUUAGAAGAUCGUGCAUAUCGUGCUCAACAACAACAACAUGAAUCAAUUAUUGAACGUGAUGAUGAAAUACAACAUCUUAAACAAAUUCUUGAACAAAUGCAAAAUGAUUAUCAAAAUUUAGUUGAUACUAAAAUUGGACUUGAUCGAGAAAUUGCAACAUAUAGAAAAUUACUUGAUUCUGAAGAAGAACGAUUAAAUAUUGUUGCUCGAUUAGGACCUUCACCAACUAUCAAUGGUAGUGCAACACCAACAAAUAAUGAUGAAACAUCAAUUAAUGGUCCAGCACAACGACAACGUCUUAAACGUCCACGUUUUGAAGUUGAUGAAGAUAUGAUUGUUACUAAUGGAGAACAUUAG